AUGCCGAAACCCCUCCUAGCGCUCGGCUGUGAAGGUAGCGCCAACAAGCUGGGCCUCGGGGUAGUCUCACACGACCCAACGACGAACAAAACCACGAUCCUCUCCAACGUGCGGCACACCUUCAACUCGCCGCCAGGCACCGGCUUCCUCCCAAAAGACACAGCCAAACACCACCGCACCUUCUUCACCCGCAUCGCGCACGAGGCUCUCUCCACCGCCGGCAUCUCCCCCUCCGACCUCUCCUGCAUCUGCUACACGAGGGGGCCCGGCAUGGGCGCGCCCCUAAGCUCCGUGGCCAUCGCCGCGCGUACUCUCUCCCUGCUCUGGGACAAGCCCCUCGUGGGUGUGAACCACUGCGUAGGCCACAUCGAAAUGGGGCGCGUCAUCACGGGCGCCGAUAACCCGGUCGUGCUGUACGUGUCGGGCGGCAAUACGCAAGUCAUCGCCUACGCGGAGCAGCGGUACCGCAUCUUUGGCGAGACGUUAGAUAUUGCGGUCGGGAACUGUAUCGAUCGGUUCGCGCGCACGCUCGGAAUUCCCAACGACCCGUUCCCUGGGUACAACGUCGAGCAGUUGGCUAAGAAGGGUGGGAGUGUGUUGUUGGAUCUACCGUACGCGGUUAAGGGCAUGGAUUGCAGUUUCAGCGGGAUUCUGGCCGCUGCCGAUCUACUGGCGGCGCAGAUGCGGGAGCAAGAUAGGAUCUUAUCGGCCGAGGGAGGGAAGCUGAAGGAGGGCGAGGUGCGCAUCACGCCCGAGGAUCUGUGUUUUACACUGCAGGAGACGGUGUACGCCAUGCUGGUCGAGAUCACAGAGCGCGCCAUGGCACAUGUUGGCAGCAAGCAGGUGUUGGUCGUCGGCGGCGUGGGAUGCAAUGAGCGGCUGCAGGAGAUGAUGGGGUCCAUGGCCAAGGAUAGGGGUGGGAGCGUGUAUUCUACCGAUGAGAGGUUUUGCAUCGACAACGGCAUCAUGAUCGCCUUGGCGGGGCUGUUGGCGUACGAGACGGGGUUUAGGACGCCGUUGGAGGAUAGCACAUGUACGCAGCGGUUCAGGACGGAUGAGGUUCAUAUCAAAUGGAGAGAUGAUUAG